UGAUUUAAUGAUUGAUCGACUAACCAAUUGAUCGAUCGAUCGAUUGAUCGAACGCAUAACGAGCUCGGCGGAGCAACACGGCAUAUACCUACUAUAAGCUACCGCGACGGGUAUGCGAUUGGCGAGCACUGAGCAUAGAGCCGGCAUAAUCAAUACCUUUCCUUUGCCACACGCUUGUGCGCGGCGGCGUCGCAGGUUCAAGGACGAACCCCACUGGGCGCAAGACCGGUCACUCGCCCCAGCUGCUACCCAGCCGGUCACUGGUGUGCGUGCUCGGUGGUCGGACCCAGGAGUACGGCCCGAUGUGGCUCGACGGCCUGUGUGACGUGGCCCUGGUGCCCUUCUACGCGCUGCCUAAGGGCGGCGACACCUUCCUCAACGACGGUGACAAGGCCACGCAGCAGGUUCUCGACAAGGCCGCCAAAGCGGUCAAGACCACCUACGGCAUCCACGUCCCUCUCAAAAAAGUGCCUAAAGUUAUGGACGACCUUAUACGAAAAAGAGCUCAGGACAAGAUGAGGAACUAUUGGAUGCACAAGAACAUCUACCACUACGCCAUCCUCGACCUGCGAAUCAAGCCCGACGACACCACGCCCCCGGACGGCGUUGUGGGCAAAGCCUUUGGAGUGCUUGAGAAGUUUAAAAGUAUCCAGGAGAAUAUCCGCCGGAGGGCGUCGAAAAUGGCUGCGAAGAGGCAGCGCAAGGCGUACGUCAUCCUGGGCACCCAUCUCCGCAUGUCCACGAACAAGGAGUUGUUCAAGGCCCUCGAACGCCACGUCGGGUCUUUUCCGAUCAGUGCCUUCGUACUUCGCACUCACAUCACCCAACGGGAAGCUCUGAUGCUCUCCGACGGAUGCAGUACCGCCGGCCCUGCGCCUUAUAAGUUGAAAAAUAAUCUUCGAUUCAUGGGAAUGUUAACGGUGGCCAAAAUUAUUCAGUAG